AUGAAUAUGAAUAUGGCUCGUUUUCUCGAUGAUGGCGAUUAUGUCUCAACAUCAAAUAUUCCAUGUAAUAUUAGUUUUGCAACAUCAACUCAAAUUAUUUGCCAACUCCCAACAUCUCUUGUUAGAGAGACCAAACUCCUUCCGAUUUCAAUUUCAGUUGACCAAGUUUAUACUCAAACCUAUAAACCUCAUAUUUAUUCAAUUCUAAUGCAAUACUCUUUUUCAAUAGUCUGUGAAGAUAGAUUCUUUUCAACCAUUCUAUUUGGUGGAGAUUAUGAAGGAGUCAAUCGAUUAAUGAUUGAUAAAGUAACAAUGGGUGUAACAUUCAAUGCUCCAUACAUUGGUUCCUUUGAUUCACAAGAAAUGUAUCAAUGUUUUAAUCGAUCAUUGGAUUUAAUUGGAUAUGAUGAUUUUAGAUUUUGGCAAGGAGUUUCAUUCACGGCAAAGAGUUUACAACAAAUAGUGAAAGGUAGUCCCAUUCGAUACCAAAAAUCUGUAGGAUAA